AUGAACAGGUAUCUCGAAUAUCUGGACGAGUACUGUACACAUUUUGAUUUGUGGAAGCAUAUCGAAAUCAACACGAGAGUUACGAAGCUGCGCCGGAAAGGGCCGGGGGAUGUCAUCACCUUCAGGAAACAAGCCCAGGGCAGAGGAGAAACGCAGGAAGAACACUGGGAGUGCGAUGCGGUUUUAAUCUGCACUGGUUUGCAUGUCGAGCAACAUAUGCCACGUGUCGCGGGCAUCGAGCAUGUCCCGGUCGUGACACAUUCGUCGAAGUUUAAGGGGAGGAGUGAUUUCGGAGAAGACAAGAACAUUGUGGUCCUUGGGUCACGAUCUGUCAUCGCCGAGGAUUCCUCGGCGGUCCGAAGAUAUGUCUGGCCUCUCUGGUCCUCUCCGCUGGUACUGACAGCCUCCUACAGGGUCCCGAAUCCUGUCCUGUUCUCCGUCAUCCAGCCGGCCACAUACCGUAUCCCCACCGACGUCAGCACCGCAUCUCUCUUCGAGUCAAUGUACGUCCACCCGAUCAUGAGACGGCCGGGGAUCCCGUGGGCAUAUUACAACACCUUCGUCAAGAGCACCUUGUGGCUUGUUGGUGGUUCGAAAUAUGGCAUUGAUCAGUGGACUCGCAUCCCCGACACAAAUGGGAGAACCAUUGAUCUGGCGCCUUGGCCGGACCAUAUCGACAAAGACGGUAUCAUCCACUUCGUCGAUAAUGGCCGCCCAGAGGCCAAGCGCAUGUCCCGGAUCAAACGUAAGGUCGACAUGAUGAUCAUGGCCACGGGGUAUACGCAGACGUUCCCAUUUUUGGACGCUACGUACCCACGUCCCGAAGACGCAGAUAUACGGCGCAUCUAG